AUGUCCAAAGCCGACAUUGAAAUGAGGGUUGCCUUCCUCACACAGACUGGAGCUGGAGUCCUGGGGAACUCCUGUCUCCUUUGUUUUUACAGCUACACCCUCCUCACUAGACAGAAGGUGAGGCUUACAGACCCCAUCCUCUGCCAUCUGGUCUUUGCAAACUACGUGGUUGUUUUAUCAACUGGGAUUCCUGAGACGAUGGCAGGAAUUGGAGGGAAGUACUUUCUCGAUGAUGCCGCAUGUAAAGUUGCUUUGUAUUUCCGCAGAGUAGCCAGAGGGGUUUCUCUUAACACCACCUGCCUUCUGAGUGGUUUCCAGGUCUCAAAGCUUUGCACUAGAAAUGUUUGGUGGAAGAUCACUACUACAUUCCCUAACUGCUUUGGAAUCUGUGGUUUCCUUUUCUGGAUUCUGCAGGUCCUGGUAAAUGUUUAUGUGCCUCUGAGAGUAAUUGGCCCAACACACAGGCAAAAUGUCACUCUGCACAUGCAUUAUAAAUACUGCUCCAUAGGACCAACUUCACCAAAACCAUUUGUAUAUUUAUCACAAAUAGUCUUAUUCCUUUCCAUUGAUAUUAUGUGCUUGGUUUUCAUGAUGUGGACCAGUGGCUCCAUGGUCCUUGUCCUGCACAGACACAAGCAGAGGGUCCAGCACAUUCACAGCCACAUUGCCUCUCGAAGACCUGACCAUGAGGCCAGGGCCACACGUACCAUCCUUACCCUGGUGAGCAUGUUCGUCUCCUUCUACUGCCUCUCUGCCAUGUUCACUCUUUGUGUUGGUUUACAUAUGAAACCAGACCUGUGGCUGGUGGACAUGUCUGUGUUCCUGGAUGCAUGUUUCUCAGUACUCAGCCCUUUUGUGCUCAUGAGCACUGACACUCGUAUCACUCAGGUGUUUCAUUCCUGCAUUGAAUAA